CAACUAACUUUUACUUCACGGGUGUCCUGGAAAAGAGGUUGGUGGUAUUUGACUGACAAAGGUGAUAGGAAAGGAAAGCAAUUUGGAAAUAUACUCACAGUGCAACUCAUUAUGGAAUUUGGGGUAUCUCAGUCAUCUUUAAAACAAAGGGGUGAGUGCAUCAGGCACACGCAGGGGCGGAGUGGAAGGUAAAACAAGCCUCAACAGAGGUCUUCCUGGACUUUAGAUUCCUUCAUUGCCUGUCACCAGCAUUCUCUCCAUGCGUCAGACAACAGGAACCAGUUCAGAGACACUUUUCCUCACCUUCAGGGAGAAGAGCAUUUCAUGAAACAGACAAUGAGCUGGACACAACUGAGAGACAACCUGGUGUCAGUCUCUGUCCAUUGGCUGGAUUUACUCUGGAUACCCUGUUCCCUGGUGGGUUUCCCCAGUCACCUUGAUGAGUAGCUGCCACUUCCUGGCAAUGACACCAAGGUGGUUUAUAGCCCUACUGCUGGGACUAGUCCGACAGGGCUCAUCUCAAGAUGACGACUGCACUGUUGGAGUAAUUGGAGAGUCUGCAGUCUUGCCAUGCACUUAUGACGGAAGACGUAACCUUCCCUCCUCCAACAUCUCGGUGCAGUGGAGGAGCGAGACAGAGGAGAUGUUCAGAAGGACGUGGAGUCAGGGACUGGAUGACACAACGAACAUGCCCGACUCGAACAUGCCCGACUCCAGUAGGGCCAGAAUGUCCACCCUCGCUCCGCAGACUCGCGACUUCUCUAUGACGCUGUCUGACAUUGUACCCCCUGACUCUAAAAACUACAGCCUCCACGUCUCAUUCGAUGGCGAAGAGACAAGCUCAGUGCUGUGUACAACAUGUCUCAGGGUAGGAGCCCAUUUCAGUUUUCCAGUUAUACAGAGGGAUGGACCAAGCCUGGAGGAUGAACCAAGCCUGGAGGAUGGACCAAGCCUGGAGAGCGAAACACGGUUUGUCUGCCACACUCGAGGUGGCUAUCCCCAACCCACCCUUCACUGGCUCAUCAACGCCACAGACAGCCCCGCCUUGGGUGCAGUAAGGACGUAUUCAGAGCCUCUCCCAGACUCUGAGCUCUACAACAUAACUAGCAUCCUGACUGUUAGCAUCGCCAAGCACACCCCUGUGGCCUGUGCUGUUGAGAAUCACGUACUCAACGAGACCUUUAGCACAACAAAUUGGCCCGAGGAGGACCAGUUCAGUCCGGUGGUGGCUCGGGCCUCAGAGGCCAUGUGGUUCUUCAGCACAGUGCUGAUCGUGAUCGUGGGCCUUCUGGUGGCUUUGGGAACCAUCUUCCAGGUCAAGUGGGACCGCGAGAGAAGGAGGCCCCGUCUACAUAGAGAAGACUCUGACAGUGAAGACACAGAUAUUAUUACUGUGGACCUGGAACAUCUGGAGCAUCUGGACUCCCUGCCUGAGACUGAUGUGUGAUGACUAACCAGGACUCGUCUUUUGUGUGAAGUACUGUAUGUGUUGAGAUAUCCAUCCUGAGAUGGCUGGAAUUGUGUCAAAGAAGGAGUAGUAAUUAUGAAAUUGUUCAAAUUACUUAAGUUUCCUGUAAAAGCUCCAGACAUUUCUAGAAUGUCUGUCAAAGAGAGACCUUGGACAUGCACUUGGCAAUAUGUCAAUAACACGAUUGUCAUAUUGAACAUGAAAAGUCUACACAACAGUAGAUCUAAGGGUUUGUCUGCAUGUUUUCCAUCUCUCUCUGCUCUUCAUACUCGACUCAACUUAUCCAUGGCACUCUUGGCAUGCAUUCUAUUCAGAGAGCAACAAUCAAGAGCAUUGUAAUGACACUGACUUUGAUCAGGUGUGCUGGGACCAGCGAUAGAUGGGAGACAUGCAUGCAAAGGAUCACUGAGAGCAGGAUUGAGGACCCCUGGUCAGACUUAAUCACUGAAUGGCCGCUAGAUGGAGCUGAUGAAAGCUUGUGCUGGCUUCCCACUGCCUACGCACAACCCUCUGGAGGGUUACGAGUCACCAGUAGAGUGAGGAAUGGUGUUCGGCUGGAUUGGGAGGUGAGGUGGUGUUCUGGGUGUCUUUAAGACCUGCCCGAGGGUGCAGUACGAGGCUCAGACAAAAGCACCAGGGCAGCAUGCCACGAUUUCACCAAACCUCUCCUGUUCAAAAACAUGCCAUGCCAUUCCUCAGUAAUUGGACCCUCCCAAGCGUAAGCAGAGCAACAACUCUGAAUAAGCACAAUAGAUCAUUGGUUUGUUGUAUAAAGAAUAGGCGAGGAACAAUUAUCAGCUGAACUACAAAAAGAAGAAUGCCGUAAAACAUCGAACAGUUGACUACAGUAAAUCCACACUUUAAUUCAUUGCAUGAACAUGGCUCAGUCACAUCCUCUCGAAGGGUAACACAUCAAAUAAUUUCAGAAUCAAGCAUAGAAUUUAAAAACCCUUUUGACUUUCAGGUCUGCAGAAUCAUGGUUCAUAGGGUUCUUAAGUUCUCCUUUACGAUCAUCAAAACAUGUUUUUAUCAAACAAUGCCCAGGGAUCACUGAUAUUACCCCUGAUUAGCACCAACUCUGUUACUUUUCUCUUGCUAAAAGAGACACCACCACACUACUGUACACUGUUUCAAAACAAAGUUAAUUAUGUACUCAUCAUUAAAGGCACUAUCAUCCAUUUCAUUCCA